AUACUACAUACAAUCAAUCGCCCCGCCGGCCGCUGCCUCUCCUAGCUAACGUGCACACCCAUACACACUAUCAACCCAGCAUUAGUUGCAGGGUUCUUUCACAAAAAAAAAACAUUACAAUUUAAUCCAGAUAAUACGGCGCAAGUCAUGCCGGGAUAAUGGUGAAUAAUCGGCCUGUUUCUGUUCCCUCCGCCGUGAUGUCCGAUUCGACCUCGGCAAUUUACAGCCUUCCCUACGAUAAGACCGCUGCUGCGACAGUCCCAGUUUCACUCCGAUCUGCAUCGUUCCCUCCACCGAGUAAUCAAUCAUUCUGCUCAGAGGACCGAUCAAAUCCGUCCAGUACCUCGUCCGGCGCCCCCCAUGAUCAAGCCCCACCCACCCCAUCACAACGACCCAUUAAACGCGGCAGAAACAGGUUGACAACCUUGCCGGAUGCCGGUGCUUCUACUGUGAGCUUGCGAUCAUUGCGCAGUAUUCCCAGCAUUAUCGUUGACGAUACCGCAUCGCGUCCCAGUUCACGUCCAGGAUCUCGUCCCGGGUCGCGAUGGUCAGAACGUAGAUGGGGGGGCUUAAGGGGUAGAAAAUCAGGGGAAUUCGAUCGGGACGAUGAUGACACACCGCCUGUCCCUCCUAUUCAAGCCCCGUUCAACGGGAUCCCACUGGACAUUCCGAACGCUGCGCUAGACGGCCUUGGUCCGCAAUCAAUGAGGUUUUCAAAGCGCGGCAGUCUCAUAAAGGAGGAGGAAAGGCGUCAGCUUCAACACCAAAUCCAGCAGGCAGAAGCACAACAACAAAGAAUUGCGCAAACGGGCCGGGCGGAUCAACCUCUGCAUGAACACAUGCCGGAAGACGAGAGUGACACGGCUCUGCCAGCCAUGGCAUCCCCAGAAAUGAAUACCGCCGAUGAAGAGCCGGUGGAAUCGCCUACAAGACGCUCUAAACCGCAAUCGACUCUACGUGUGAGACACAGCGCUAUCGCCAGCAGAGCCAUCUCCGCAGACGAAGACAUGCUGUCGCGUCGCGUGCGCCUAAUGUAUGAGAAGGGCGAUGAGAAUGUGACCGACUCGGAAGUGGCAAGGUCCUUGGCUGCGGAGCACGGCGUUUUGUGGGAAGAUGCGGCUCCCCCGAGCAUGGAAGGCUCCCGUCUGUCUGGGCCAAGUGUAUCCGGAACGGAUACUCGAAGUAUAGUGUCGUCUCUCGGGACGGAUGGGGUGCCCGGUUUCAAGCGAGAAGCACACGAGCUUGCGGGAGGAAUUGAGUAUUGGCAGAAUAUCAAAGCUGGCGAUGUGGACCGAUACGGCUUCAUUCGGUCCCCAACGUCAAAUUCCAAUGAAGGCAUUGAUCCUAGUCCCAUCCAACGCGUCUCCACCAGCCUGCUGGUGGCCUCCGAAACUCCGAGGCGCAAAUAUUCCAUGCGCCCGCCUUCAGCAAUAGGUCCUAAUCGCUCUUUCACAGGCCGAUCUCCGACUCGAAAGUUAUCCGAGCCAUCAAUUCGUCCAUCGUCCUCUCAAAGCACCUACAGUUCACCACUGCGGCGGUCAACUACACGUUUUCGUCGGGCGGCAAACCAUCUUCCUCACAAUCGAACGCGUCGUGUCAAGGACGAGGCGGGGGACAUGCUCACGCUGCCUACAAACGCUGUGAAGCCCGGGGAUCGACAAGAUGCAGCCGCUGCCCGCGCAGCGCGGAAGAAGGAGUGGGAGAGGGAAGACAAAUGGACGAAGAUGGCUAAACCGAUACGGAGUAGUGACGGGGGCGGCAUGACAUUCGAGUUCGACACCACCAGUUCUAAGCUGAUAGAACGGACAUGGAAAGGCAUACCUGACCGAUGGCGUGCUACUGCUUGGUACGCCUUCUUGGAAACGAGCGCCAAACUACACAGCAACAGCCCUUCCAAAGAGGAACUCAUUGAGGCGUUCAACGAAUAUCAAUUAAUGUCUUCUCCGGAUGAUGUCCAAAUUGACAUCGACGUUCCCAGAACGAUCACCAGCCACAUCAUGUUUCGUCGUCGCUAUCGCGGUGGUCAGCGGCUGCUCUUCCGCGUGCUGCAUGCGAUGUCUCUGUACUUUCCUGACACAGGUUACGUCCAGGGCAUGGCUGCCCUCGCGGCGACGCUCCUCGCAUACUAUGACGAAGAACAUGCAUUUAUUAUGCUUGUUCGUCUUUGGCAAUUGCGGGGCCUAGAGCGUCUGUAUCAGUCCGGUUUUGCAGGACUCAUGGAGGCCUUAGGAGACUUCGAACGAGAAUGGCUGGAGAAAGGAGAAGUAGCGGCGAAAUUAAAUGAGCUCGGAAUCCCACCUACAGCGUAUGGUACGCGCUGGUAUCUCACUCUAUUCAACUACUCCAUCCCAUUUCCGGCACAGCUCCGGGUGUGGGAUGUGUUCAUGCUGCUCGGUGAUGCCGAGGAUCUUACUGCUCCUGGGUCUUCUAUCAAAAGCGGUAAGAAGGCUCACGUCAGUGCGUUCGGGAACGGAUUGGAUGUUCUUCAUGCAACUUCGGCAGCCCUAAUUGAUGGCAUGCGCGACAUUGUCCUCGAAUCGGAUUUUGAGAACGCCAUGAAGGUCCUCACCAGCUGGGUUCCCAUAAAGGAUGUAGAAUUAUUCAUGCGCGUUGCCAAAACCGAGUGGAAAGUCCAUCGUCGAAAGAAGUCCUCAUAGUCGACUCUCUCAACUGAUGUUCAAGCCUCGCCCGUGCAAUUAGCGCGAUGCGGACGGUUCUGUGAUGACCUCGGUGGCUUAUGUCGCCACCAAAAUUACCCUCUACAAUCACUUCUUAUACCUAAUCUAAUGUUUUAGGUUGCUUCCUG